UCAAGGUUGAUAGUCUGCUAGUAGAACUAAAUUGCAAUAUAAUGAUGAUUGCUGUCUAAACUACAUAAGUGGUUCCCCUUGUGUUUUUCACUGAUGGAAUAUAAUCUGCUCUUCCUUGUGCCUCUCUUCUGUGGCUUUUCUAUCAGUCCUCACCAGAUGUUAUAUAUGAAUUGUCCUCGACAAACAUGGAUGACCUCAGUACCUUUGCUGAAAAAUUGAUGUCUGAAAAAGGUGUGGAAAACUACAAUCUUACUUUGGAGGGUCUUGUGAAGAAAGGCGAGAACUACUUGGGUGAAGUACUAUUUUUCAAUAUCCUUCCAAAAAAUGGAGAUAAACCACUUCACUUCGUUAGGAAGAAAGCUAAGUUUGUAAAUAAUACUGAAGAGCGGGAAUGCAUAAGAAAAGUUUACCAAAGAGAAUCCUACAUGUACAAAUUUGUUUUUCCGGCUUUAAAAGAUUUCACGAACAGACAACGCAUCAAAUCAACUCUUUUCUUCUCACCUAAAGUUUACUCUAUACAUGAGGAAGAAAAUCAAGAGAUGCUGAUAUUUGAAAACAUGAAGUAUUCAGGAUAUCAACUUCUAGAUAAGAAAUUACCAAUGGACAAGGAUAGGGUAUCUCUUGUCCUUGAGACUUACGCAAAAUUCCACUCUUUAUCUUUUGCCAUGAGCGAAUUGGAACCUGAGACAUUCAAAGAUCUAACAGAAAAUAUGACUGAUGUUUGGGGCAAGUUCAAGUUAAUUUUAGAUGCUUCCAACUAUUUCGGAGCUCUACUCAAAGAUGUUGUAAGUAAGCAUGAUGAAGACAACAAUAGUAACCUGAUGUUGAAGUAUAAACCAAUUAUAGAUGAUAUCGAAAAUGUAGUUUAUGUUGAAGUUGAUGAAUGUGAUAGGCUGGUCAUAUGUCAUGGAGACUCUUGGAGUAAUAAUAUGCUUUUCAAAGACAAUGAAGAAAAAGCACCUCAGUCAGUAUGUCUGAUUGAUUUCCAAAUGUCUAGUAUGUCAACCCCUGCGCUGGACUUGAGUCAUUAUCUUCUUAGUACUGGCGAUAAAGAAGUCUUGUAUAAUAUAGAGGAGUAUUUGAAGCUGUAUCAUGAUUUUUUGUCUGAUUCACUCAAACUAUUCAAGAUUGAUGUUGAUAAAGUUUUUUCUUACGAAAAGCUGAUGAAGCACUGGAGAAAAUACGGGAAGACUGGACUAGUUAUUGCAGUUUCUAAUAUCCAGAUGUCCUUGGCAGAACUUGAAGAGAUUCCAGAUGAAUUAAAUUCAAUCAUUCAUACCAAUACAUCAGAAAUGAGAAAUGCUGACUUGUUCAAUAAGAGAAUAGGCGACCUUUUGAUAAGUUUUGCAGAAAAGUUUCUCUAGAAUAUAUACAUUUUUCAAAUUAAAAUGGCUAAAAAAUUUGGAAUGAGACAGUGAAGGUUGAGUGACGCCAUCUUUGUUGUUAUUUGAAAAAAUGGAUAAAAAGGAGUUUCGUAUAUUGAUAAAACACUGUUUUUUGAUGAAAAAACUGCUGUUAGCCAAUCAAUUGCUUCAGUUAUUCAGAUUCUUCUCUAUCAACAACAACGGUGUGAAGGUGCUCCAGGUGAAUAAAUUAGGCUCUAAAGAAGAUGAAUCUUCCUACAAAAAAGGUAUUAAAAAGUUCUAGGAGCGUUGGAGUAAAUGUAUCCUUCUUGAUGUUGACUCUGUUAAGAAAUUGAGGAGAAAAGUGUUUUUGAAGUAAAAAAGUUCACUUUGUUGCGUUUACAAUAACGUCAAAAAAAUUAUUCAAUAUUAUAUCUCUUAAAAUAUUAUUGUAAAAAGUAGAUAACACGCAAGACAGUAAAGAUUCGGGAAUAUCAAUCAGGGCAAAUUUUUGGAUAACAUAACUGUUCAUUUGUUGGACAGUAUAUAAUUAUUCGAUGGAGUGGGAGUUAGCUGCACGUUAUUUACUUAGUUUUAUUCCAUGAUUAUUCGAAUAGUAGGAAGCUAGAACGUUUCAUGUGAUGAGAUUGUAAUUAUAUAUCAUCAAAUUGUUACGUGAUAUGACCAUGACAAAUUGUUUUUUGCUGAUUUUCAAUCAAGUGAAAAUAUAAUUUGUCUAAAUGUUUAAAUUUUUUUAUAUUAUUGUGAAAUAGUUGAUCAACUAAUACGAGGAGUUCCUGUUCAAUUUUCAGAAAUUUAAAAAUUUUCCACAUUGCGG